AACAGCAUCCAUGAUGCCUAGACGAGGCAGCAGCGCGUGUCUUACGGACGGCCUUUCGCUCGGCAUUGGACUCCAAUGUACACCGCUACACUGACUGUUCAGUGCCUGAGAAAACCUGGCCAUGUGUCCACCCGGGGAAGCUUGCCUGCUGCAUAGAAGAACCUCGAUGGGCUUCCAAUAACUUCCAUCUCUCAGCUCAGCAGCAGAGGUAGGAUGCUAAGGCAGGUCGACAACGCUACUGCGGCUUCAGGGCAUGAAGCACUGCUUGCGAAGCUUAAAUGCAUCUUAGUGUGUUAGAAGUGUACAGCCGCACAGGUAUGGCCAUCUGUGUCGGAUUGGUGAUUGGUGAUUGUAAAAACUGGAAAUGGCGUAAAAAAGGUUGAAGGGAACUCUGGAAGUCUCAGGUCGUCUUCCGUGUCUCUACCCACGCUCCCCAGGCUAGCAAAAGGUCUGGACCCUCCAAUCAGGUAUCUUAGGGAGCCUAUGCCCCCCUGGUUCUAGCUAUCCGUCCAAGGCUUUAGCGGUGCCUUUCUCGGAAAGGAAACUGGAGCCCCUCCGUCACCGACUUAGCUUGAGGCCUUACCUCGGGCUGCCCCUCGUGCCACAGCAUACAACGGAGCUUGACUGUUGACAAACACAACACCCACCGCCUCGACUGACUUUUCCUCUCUUCGAAACUUGAAAUUUUUACUUUUAGAUUCUCUUCCGGUGGCAUUGAUCCCAACGCUUGCAACCACUCGUACUUGUUCCGUUUAGUUCCACUACCAUCGACGGUCUCUCCGCUUGCGCCAGACUCGACAACAUGCGCAUCACGCUCACAAUCACAAACGCCGAAACCCAGGCGGACGACCAGGACCUCCUGUCUCUGGACGUCUACCCGGAGAUGACCAUCGAGACCCUCCGAAGCUCGAUCCAAGUCGAAACCGGCCACCCCUCCACCUCCCAACACCUGUACCAUAAUGGCAAGCUCAUCAACGACAAUUCCAAGACACUGGCCGAAUUGAACGUCGACGAUGGCGACAUGAUGGCCCUCCACGUUCGCGACAUUCGUGGUAGCACCGGAAUCCCAACAGGACAGGGGGAAGCAGGACCGUCUCGUCAGCAAGCGCAGGCGCCUUCAGGAGCACAAGACCCCGAGACCGUCCGUCUUCAGAUUCUUGGCAACCCAGCUCUUCGGCGAGAGGUGGAGAACUCAUCACCACAGUGGGCUGGUGCGCUGGACGAUCCGGUCAGGUUCGCCCAAAUCUUCAACAGCCAGUAUGAUGUUGAGAGGCGGGAGCGGGCUGAGCGUCACCGGAUGAUUGCGAGGCUGAAUGAGGAUCCGUUUGAUGUGGAAGCUCAAAGGAAGAUCGAAGAGAUGAUCCGGCAAGAGCGUGUCAUGGAGAACCUUCAAAAUGCCAUUGAGCAUAACCCCGAGGUUUUCGGUUAUGUGCAUAUGCUGUACCUCGACGUCGAGGUCAACGGGCACAAGGUCAAGGCUCUUGUUGACUCUGGCGCUCAGGCCACUAUCAUGAGCCCGAGUUGUGCUGAAGCCUGCGGUAUCAUGAGGCUGGUUGACAAGCGGUUUGCUGGUAUCGCUAAGGGUGUCGGGACAGCCAACAUUCUCGGCCGUGUCCACUCGGCCCAAAUAAAGAUUGGCCCUCUCUUUCUUCCCUGCAGCUUCACAGUCAUGGAGGGUAAGACGGUGGAGCUCCUGCUCGGCUUGGACAUGUUGAAGCGUUAUCAGGCUUGCAUCGACCUGGCCAAGAACGCGCUGGUCAUUCAGGGGGAGGUUGUGCCUUUCUUGGGAGAGGCUGACAUCCCGAGGGAUGUCGAGGAGCAAGUACAAAAAGAGCCAACUGCUCCCGGUCCCGCCGGUACUACGAUCGGCCAACGGACCGGAGCUGUCACUGCCCCAGGUGCUCCGGCUCCUGGUUCACCAGUCCCUCAGGCUGAGGCACCACCUGCUGCUCCCGCCGCAGCGCCCGUUCAACCCUCGCGGCCUCAGCCACAGCAGCAACAGCCACCACCACAACAACAACAGCAGCAGCAGCAAACUUCGCGAUUCCCCCGGGAGCAUAUCGAGCAGCUCAAGGCUCUGGGGGCCUCGGAGCAGCAGGCUAUUCAGGCCUUGGAGGCUACUGGUGGUAAUGUUGAGUAUGCUGCCAGUUUGAUUUUCGAGGCUUAAGAGGGAUUAUGGGAUCUGGUACCAUGCCGAACUCCUGGAUCGUUGGCGCAAAGCUUUCGUAGGUAGCAUAGCGUGUUUUUUUUGAACUUGCGCUCGGUUUGUGAUAGAUAUUUCGGACCUACCUGGGUUUUUUCCUUUGCUGGAAUUACACACACAAAAACAAGACGGGAAAAGAGAGAAAAGUCCUCUUUAGAAUUGGGAGUCAGUGAAGUAGCGUUUGGGCAGGAAUUGAUGAGCUUGUGUGUGCCAACCUAUCUAUCUACCGAACUUCACGUCGAGCCUCACAAGGUCAAACAACGCUCAUUCAUAUCUAAACCCCCGUUUGUUUUCUCUUACUGGAUCCCAUAACUUGACGUAUCUUGCCGUACCUAAUUGCCCUUGCUUUUAUCUACCAUUACCAUCACCCCCAUGCAUAC